GGGCGGGGAACCAGGUGCCCUCUCCAGGGCGAGUUGUUGCCUCACAGGCCCAGCCUGCCCCGAGCCCUGGAAGGGUCUGGUCAGCUUCCCCCGACGUUAGUCCCCUGAACCCGGCCCGAGGGGGCUCCUGGAGGAGCUCUGGGCUCUAAGUCCCAGCCCCUCUCGGAGGAGGCGGGCGGCCGAGGCUUCGCAGCCAGAGGCUUCUCAGCUCGGAGCUCCGCUCCGGAGCCAGAUGUAACAUUGACCUUAAAUGGUAAAAGCUCCCCAGAGUGAAGAGAGGCUGGCCAGAGGAGGAAGGGGAGUAACUCAGUUUUAGGUAAGUCAUCGCUAUAUCCAAGAAUAACCUGCCUCUUCAGCCGGGAAGCGGAGGGAAACUUCUCCUUAAAGCCUGCGGAGCCCAGGCCUCUUGGAGCAUCUUUGGGGCUGACACAGCAGAGGUUCCGGGCACCCACGGCCACUCCCGCCAGGAGGCUACCAUGCCCCACAUUCCUGAGGACGAGGAGCCCCCCGGAGAGCCACAGGCAGCCCAGAGCCCUUCCGGUCAAGGCCCUCCCACCACGGGACUAUCUUGCAGUCCACCCGCCAUCGUCCUGACUGGGGAUGCCAGUUCACCGGAAGGAGAAACUGACAAAAACCUGGCCAACAGAGCUCACAGUCCCCACAGGAGGCUUUCUCACCGACACUUGAAGGUUUCCACUGCUUCGCUGACUUCUGUGGACCCUGCGGGGCACGUCAUUGACCUGGUAAAUGACCGGCUGCCAGACAUCAGCAUCUCAGAGGAGGACAAGAAGAAAAACCUGGCGCUGCUGGAAGAAGCCAAGUCGGUGAGUGAGCGAUUCCUGACGCGCCGCGGGAGGAAGUCCAGGAGCAGCCCUGCAGAGUCCCCGUCAGCUAUCUCCCCAAACCUCAGCCCCGCAGCUUCUCCUGCAUCCUCGCGGAGCAACUCACUCACUGUCCCCACGCUGCCUGGUUUGGAUGCCUGCGGUGGCCCACAGUCCCCUCUACCUGGAGCUCCAUCACAGCAGAAGGGGGAUGAGGCCGAAGUCUCUUCACCUCACCUUUGCGAGCCUAAUACCCCCAAAGGGCUAGCUGACCGGAAGCAGAAUGACCAGAGGAAAGUGUCUCAGGGCAGGCUGAGUCCUCGUUCUCUCACAGUUGAAAAAUCCAAAGAGAUUGCAAUAGAGCAAAAGGAAAACUUCGAUCCCCUGCAGUGCCCUGAGGCCACCUCCAAGGCCCCAGCUUCUGGCAUAGGUAGUGGUGGGAAAAUGGCCCUCAACAGCCCCCAGCCUGGCCCUGCUGAGAGCGAGCUGGGCAAGCUGCUCCUGAAGACAGCCAGGGAGGGCAACCCUCUGCCCAAAAGUCCAGCCCAGGGCUCUGGAGGCGCAGCUCCCCUGGCUCCGCAGGGAAAAGGCACAGCUGGAGAGCUGACAGGGUCCAAGGCUGGCUCCAAAGCUGAGCUGCGGCCCCCUCCUUCCCGACCACCUCUGCUGCGGGGGGUCUCCUGGGACAGUGUUCCUGAAGAACCUGGCCCUCGGCUGCAGAAAGUGCUUGCCAAGCUGCCGCUGACAGAGGAAGAGAAGCGUUUUGCGGGCAAAGCUAGCAGCAAGCUGGCCAAGGCACCUGGACUCAAAGACCUCCAGAUACAAGUGCAGCCUGUGCGCAUGCAGAAGCUGACCAAGCUCCGUGAGGAGCACAUCCUGAUGAGAAAUCAGAAUUUAGUGGGGCUCAAGCUUCCAGACCUUAGUGAAGCGGCUGAGCAAGAAAAAGGGCUCCCUUCUGAACUCUCCCCAGCUAUUGAGGAAGAGGAGUCGAAGAGUGGCCUGGACGUCAUGCCCAAUAUUUCUGAUGUGCUGCUGCGCAAACUGCGGGUCCACAAGUCUCUCCCAGGAAGUGCCCCUCCACUAACUGAGAAGGAAGUUGAGAACGUGUUUGUACAACUGUCCUUGGCCUUUAGAAAUGACAGCUACACCCUGGAAUCUAGAAUUAACCAGGCUGAAAGGGAACGCAACCUGACAGAGGAGAACACUGAGAAGGAACUGGAAAACUUCAAAGCUUCCAUUACGUCCUCAGCUUCACUCUGGCACCACAGUGAGCACCGGGAGACCUACCAGAAGCUGCUGGAGGACAUCGCUGUCCUGCACCGCCUGGCUGCCCGCCUCUCCAGCCGAGCUGAGAUGGUGGGGGCCGUCCGCCAGGAAAAGCGCAUGUCAAAAGCAACAGAGGUGAUGAUGCAGUAUGUGGAGAACCUGAAAAGGACAUACGAGAAAGACCACGCAGAGCUCAUGGAAUUUAAAAAACUUGCAAAUCAGAAUUCAAGCCGCAGCUGUGGAACCUCUGAAGAUGGGGUUCCUCGGACAGCACGGUCCAUGUCCCUCACGCUGGGAAAGAACAUGCCCCGCCGGAGGGUCAGCGUCGCUGUGGUUCCCAAGUUUAAUGCCCUGAAUCUGCCCAGCCAACCUCCAAGCUCAUCACCCAUCCCUUCCUUACCAGCCCUGUCCGAAUCACCCAACGGGAAAGGCAACUUACCUGUCGUCAGUUCAGCACUACCUGCACUUUUGGAAAAUGGAAAAACAAAUGGGGACCCAGACUGUGAAGCCUCUGUUCCCAUGCCGACUCCAAGCCUGGAGGAGAUUAGCAAGGAAGCCAAGGCCAGGAUGCAGGAAGAAGCGUACAACAAGGGAUACCAGGAAGGUCUAAAGAAGACCAAAGAGCUUCAAGACCUAAAGGAGGAGGAGGAAGAACAGAAGAGUGAGAGUCCUGAGGAACCUGAAGAGGCAGAAGAAACUGAGGAAGAGGAAAGGGACCCAAGAAGCAGCAAACUUGAAGAAUUGGUUCAUUUCUUACAAGUCAUGUAUCCCAAACUGUGUCAGCACUGGCAAGUCAUCUGGAUGAUGGCCGCAGCGAUGCUGGUCCUGACUGUUGUGCUGGGGCUGUACAAUUCCUAUAACUCUUGUGUGGAGCAGGCUGAUGAGCCUGUUGGGAGAUCCACUUGCUCGGCAGCCCAGAGGGAGUCCUGGUGGAGCUCAGGACUGCAGCAGGAGCAGCCUACAGAGCAAUAGGACGCCUGACAUCCAGCCAGUGCCCUGCUCCAGCACAGACCACCGCCCAUUCCCCAAGUACAGUGCUGUGAGGCCUGGGUGUGGCCACACUGCCACCAGCCCAUCAGGAAAUAAGCAGGGGCUCGUUCACACUGGGCACCUCUGUGGGAGCUGUUCAUACACAGUCACUGAUGGUCUUGGAGGAUCAACAAAACUGCCCUGGGAAAGCAGCCGGUGGAUGAAGAAGUCACCUUCACCAAGGGACUCGAACGGAAGGGAAGGUCACCUGCCCCUGGCUCAGAUGGCCAGGAAAACGAAAACUCCUUCACUGCAGGGGAGUGAAGGUGUUUCCCUCUUUGCAAUAGGAAAUCAGGAAGAAUUGUGCCUACUGGCUAACUCUGACCCCGAGGGUCAGGCCUGGAAUUUGGAGUCACAACAUGAAUAUCUUCCCAUUUCCAAUCUCAUUCUCACUGACUCUCCUUCUGCCGCUUUUGAAUCAGAGUUUGUCUUUACAGAAGUAGGAAAGGUUUCUCAGAAAAAUAUCUAGGCUGCAAUUAGCUCUGUGCUUGAAAUGGGAAGAUGUGAAUUAAUAUAUAUGCAUCUGUACACACACACAACACACACAUACACAUAGCACACCAACAACCAUGUGCAUGAAGCCAACAACCCUCCAAACCUGUGCUCUGGGUGUGUGUUCUGGAUAAAGCCAACCCACAGAUUCUCACUAGGUUUGGGGCAGUCACCAGACCCCUGUUCAAUGAGCUCUCCAUGUGGAUUUAAGAUGUUUGAAAACUCAUGGUUUCAAAGGUGAACUUGCUGGUCUCCGUUUCAAGUGUUAAUUCUAAGCUGCUGUACAGCACAGUCUAUUCCCGAUGUGUUCUCUCCCCAUGGAGAGCAGUUAACCCACCUCUCUGGUGAAUAAGUAGACACGGUUUGCUUUACCUCCCGUGUGCCCACGUACAAGUGUACAGUUGCACCUUAGUGCUUCAGUUCAAAUGAGAUUUCCAACCCAAACCUGUUUCAAAGCAUUCCCAAUUGUUUAGCAUAACACUGAGGGAGGACAUCCCAUCUUCAAUUUGACUUCUUGCUCUACUUUCACAGCCACUACCUUCAUUCAUCCCUCAACAAUUUUGGGGGCUAUUGGUUUCUGUGUGGGUUUUAUUGUGGUUGUUUUGCUUUUGUUUUUGUUUUGUUGUUGAUGUUGUUUGUUUUUGUUGCUCAUAUUCAUAUAGAACUUACUAUGAGACAAACACGUUUCUAGGUAUUAUAUAGGUAUUAAUUCAUUUAAUCCUCAAGAAAAACAAAACACUAUGAGGUGGGUACUACUCUUCCCAUUUUCAGACAAGGAAACCGAAGCGCCAAAGCCACAGUAACUCUCUGAGGACAUCCAGUUAGUAAAUCAUGGGGCUGGAACUCAAACCCAGGCAGGCGGCCCAGGGGCUGUGCUCGUAACCU